UACCUAUGAGCAGCGUUUAUUUCAAAGUCAAUUUGAAAUAAAAUCCGUCUGGCUUUGAUAAAAAAAGAGAUUGCACCGCUUGACCUCUGACUUGUUGUACAAUUAAGAUAUAAGAGAACAGUUAAUAAAAAAGAACGAGAUGCAGCAAGGCUAUGGCACCAAAAAUGGGGUUUCUACACAAAACUACGUGAGAUACAGGAGGAGGAAGCACAACAAUUGGGUAUGUCCUUGGAUCAAUAUAAAGCUGCUAUUCGCUCCGUGAGUUGUAAACCAGAACCCAAAACACACCCAGUUGUAGUGGAUCCAACGCCAACGCCUCUGCCUCGUACAUCCUUCGGUAUGGUCGGGCGACGAGCACUUUGUCCAUUAGAGAGAUAUGGAAGAUUGGUGAAGACAAGUCGAGACUACCCAACCAGACCACCACUACCUGCUGGACAAAUUUAUGAUCCAUACAAGCAAACCUUGGUUUUUUUAGGGAGUGUCGAUGGUGAUCCCAUAUCAUACAAGUUGCCACCGGCGAGAUGUGAAGUCCAUGACGAAAUGUGGUCUCAUCCACACCAACUGCACAUGAUGCCAUUCAGCCAGGAUGCAUUAGAGAAAGCUUAUCUCUAAUCUGGAGACUAAGACUGUA